UUCCGACCUUAUAAAGAUGGUGGAUUUAAGAAGUCGGUCAUUUCCGGUCGUGCCCCCAGAAAGAGUGUGAUGACCUUACAUAAAUGGCUGAUUGCGUUUGAAAUUUGCAGGCAACCCAAACAACUGACGAGGAAACGGGAGAGGCUGGCAUGGCAGAGGGAAGGGCAGACAUGGAAGAAGACAGGGGAGAUCUGCCCAACGGAGAGGAUGACAACGACUCUGAUAGGGAUGAAGAUGACCGAUUAUUUGCAUGGAUGGUAAACGACGAUAUGGAUGAGGACGAAGAAGAUGAGGAGGUGGAGGAUGAGCAGUCAUUCGACACUGAAUCAGUUGAGCAGGACACCCCAGCUGAGCGCAGUGGUCAUAUAGCAGUGAUUGAUAGAAACAUCAUGUAUGUGUGGGGUGGAUACAAGAAUGCUCAAAAUCACGGAUUCAUCGACUUGUAUCUGCCAAGAAGUGAGAUUUGGACAUACAACAUGGAGUCAGGAGUCUGGGCAAAGCAUUUAACUGGAGGUAACCUGCACACAUCAAUGUCAGGCAGCUGUGGGGUGUGUGUUGACGGAGUCCUCUACCUCUUUGGAGGUCAUCAUGCCCGGGGAAACACAAACAGGAUCUACCGCCUGCCCUUGAGAGGUCCCAGCCUUGUGUGGGAGGAAAUGAGGGAUCUUAAAGGACUUCCUCCAUCGUCCAAGGAUAAGCUAGGAUGCUGGGUUCAGAAGAACAGAAUUAUAUACUUUGGGGGCUAUGGCUACGCUGCACAGGGAGGUCAUCGAGGGACUUUUGAAUAUGAUGAAUCGUCUUCUCUUUUGUGGGACAGUCCUGGGCGAGGCUGGAACAACCACAUCCAUAUCCUGGAUUUGGAAACAUCAGCAUGGAGUCAGCCAAUUACCACGGGAGACACCCCUUCACCCAGAGCGGCUCAUGCCUGUGCAACAGUUGGCAACAGAGGCUAUGUGUUUGGUGGCCGAUACAAGAGCUACAGAUUAAAUGACCUGUACUACCUUAACCUGGACACAUGGGAGUGGCAUGAAAUGAGCGUUCCCCAGCAGGGUCCAGUGGGCCGUUCUUGGCACUCCUUCACUCCUGUGUCAUCAGACCACAUCUUCCUAUUUGGAGGUUUCACCACAGACAGAGAGACACUGAGUGAUGCUUGGCUGUACUGUGUGAGCAAAAAUGAGUGGAAGCCUUUCAAACACAGUCACUCAGAGUCUCCCAGGCUGUGGCACACAGCAUGCGCUGGUCCCGAUGGUGAAGUGUUUGUGUUUGGAGGGUGUGCCAACAACCUGCUGUCUCACCGCAGAGCUGCACACAGCAAUGAGCUACUGGUUUUCAACGUUCAGCCCAAAUCGUUAGUUAGGUUCUGUAUGGAGACUGUCCUACAGCACAGGGAGCGUUUGUCUAGCUACUGGGACUGUUUGCCUAAACACCUCCUGCACAGCCUCAAACAGAGAAUGGCACUUGUCAACACACUGGGAUCUUAGGUUAAGACAAGGAUUAGAGGACAAUAUGUAUGUAUGGAAGGGAUACAUGCUUUCUGAAAGCAGGUAGUCCUUUUCCACGUGUGUGGACACUUGCGUACAUAAAAACACCUCCAGGAAAUACAGUUUUGGAUUUGUUGGAAAUGUGUCCUGCCUGACACAUGAAGGUCCGCAGGCCAUCCUCAAAACUGUUAAUCACCUUGUAAAUCUUGCCGGGACAGCCUUCAGUGUUGAGGGGAGGUGAUGCACAGCAUGUUCUUAGGAUAGCACAUACAAGAGGAGAAACCUCACUACUUUUUGGAUUAGUUUUUCCUUCUAAGCGUUCUUUGAGGAGUACUUCUUACACUCUUGCUGAAAAGCUUAAAUGAUGGUGUGGUUUUCUGUCCAUUCUAAAUGUGCUGCAGUAAUUGAUUUGGGGGGGGUCUUGUAAAGAUAAGUGAACUAAAGCUAAAGCAGCUAAAUCUAUGAUGGUGCUUUGAAUGGGAUUUUCUGUUUCACAAAAAUGGUGACUGAAAUGUAGCAGGACUUCAGCUCUGAUUAUUAGCAACUUCCCCAACGGCUAUAGCUCAUCCUGUAGGUGUAAUCAAAGGUGGAGGUUCAAAUUCUGAGAUUUUCUUUAAAAAAAAAAAAAAAAGUUUAAAUUGUCAUCAUUAACACAGUGGUUCCAAAUCCAAAGUGGGAUGAAAUAGGUUUGCUGUAAUUAUUACCAUAACUAAUCUGAGUAAUUGAGAUCUCACAAACCUAAAACUCGUGCUUUAUGCUACACAAGACUAUCUACUUUGAAGCACAGAAAUGCUAACUUUAAGUCUUUAUUUGUAUAUAUGUGAUUAUUUAUAUAUCUGUGAGGAUGUGUGUGAUUCUGUGUUUUCAAAGAGACUUUUGUAGCCUGUAAAUUGGACAAAAGUGGCUACUGUAGCAUAUAAACUUAAUUUAAUCAAUAACAAACUGCAAGUGUAUUGGAGCCAUGAUGCACUGAAAUGACAGUAGGGCCUUGUUUGUAAUUGCCUGGUUUGCACAAAGUUUCCUUGACGAUUUUUAUUGUAGGAUAACAAGGCAUAUUGUUACUGAAAUGUAUAAUUUGUACUCAGAAAAUAAACACAUGCCAUAUUCA